GCCCCCACCAUAGCUGACAUGGUGCUCACAUCCUCAUCUUUGCCUACAUUGCUCCCAGCUUCCCCUGCUCCUGCUCCAUGCCCUGCUUCAGCUGCGGUGGAAGAGAUCGCUGUGCUUGCUCCUCCUCCACUUGUAAUUGAGCCCUCUCCUCCUCCUCCGAUAAAUCAACCCAUUGCUGCUUCUGCUCCUGUAAUGGAAGCUAUUGCUCCUCCAAAGGUGAUUGAAUCCAUUGCUCCUGCAUUUGUAUCUGAGCCCAUAACAUGUCCUUCUCCUGUCGAGAUGGAACCCAUGGCUGCUCCUCCUCCUCCUCCUCAAUCCGAACCCCUCUCUUUCCCUCCAAUUUUCGAGCUUGAGCCUAUGCUGCCGCAACCGCUGCCUCCUUCAGGGGACACAUUGUCCCUGCAGCCCGCUGAGCCACUUGCUUCGCCUCCCAUGCCAGAGUUUACUGCUCCCUGUGAACCAGUUGCACCUCCUCCUCAGCUCCCAGUAGAGCCAGUACCCGCUGCUCCAGUCCCAGAGCCUGUGGCAGUGCCCGAGUCGAUUCCAGUCCCACCACCUCCUCCUUCUCCACCAGCCGUCGACGAAGAGGCCCUGAGGAAGAAGAUUUCUGUCGAGCUGCACAAAGGCUUUGAGGAGGAGAGGGCCAAGGCAGAGCAAGAGCUGCAAGCCUGGUUGGAAGUGGAGAAGACCCGAGUAGCAGAGCAGGCUACCGCUGACGCCCAGUCCCAGGUCCCCAGUGAAGUUUCCAGGAUGCUCUCUGAGGAGCGGGCCAUGGUGCAGGAGAACCUCCAGCAGGCUCUCCUAAGGGAGAGAAUCAUCACCGAGGACGAGAGGCACCGCGCCCAGAUCUUUGAGAUUGGAUUGAAGGCCAAGCAGCUGGAGGCCAGAGAAGCGGAUUUGAAGAAGCAGGAUGUUUUCUACAGAGAGCAGGUGGCGCGGCUGGAGGAGAGGAGCGCUCAGUUCUACAAGGUCACCACCGAGAACUACCACAAAGCUGCCGACCAAGUGAACGCCAAGUUCAAGCGGUAUGAGAUGUAUCCCGUGUGCACAGACCUGCAGGGCCAGAUCCUCGCGUGCUACAGAGAGAAUGUCGGGAAAACCCUCAACUGCUCCAACAUAGCAGCUCUUUACCUGCAGUGCGUCAACAACUCCAAACAGAAAUGAAGAGAGCAGUAAUGAGGCCCUGAGCUGCCGUGCUGAGGAGACAGUGAGACCACCGGGGACACGAGGAUGACGUUGAAGACCACGUACACUCGGUCACACACACACACACACACACACACACACACACACACACACACACUUGAAUCUAUUAUUUCCUAAUAAUAAAGGGCACUUUUGACACUUUCCUAUCUUGUGUUAUCAUAUCACACCACUUCUAUUCCAAUAAACUAACUGUUAACAGACCUGCAAUCAAUUUUAUUUCUUUAAUUUUUUUUCUUAGAAAACUUGAGGGAAAGUUUGCCACGGUUUCAAUCCUCCAUCCUCGUGCAGCUCUUCUUUUGGGCUUCACCAUCAAACAGACAGAUGGGUGCGUUCCGGGCCACACUGGAUUACCUCAUGUUUAACUUGUCAGGCCUGUCAAAAUGGCCCAGUUCUGGAGGCACUGGCUCCACCGCGGUGCUGGUGGAGAAGAGGCAUAAGAGGACUGGACGUCUUUAAUGUGAGGAAUCAGAUUGCAGGUUUUAAAGUGUGUCUGCUUUCUUCAGAACAACAUAUCCUCUAAUUCUCGUUGGGAGGCUGAAGUCCGACAAACAGCAAAACAGACCUUUAGUAAUGAGAAGGGGAAAAAUCAAUUGCUGGCAUUAAACACCAAAUUUGUAUUUUUAUUUGACACAACAUCUUUGCUCAAAAUUUGUUUUUCCUCAGAUUAUUACAUCGCAUUCAUCUUCUGCUGUUGCCCUUUUUAACAGGAUCCAAUGUUUAGAUUUUCCAAUA